GCGCCGGCCGGGCCACUCAGUGGAGCCGUCACUCUCGCAACCCGACGACCGCCACCGCCCCCUCGCCCUCCCCAUCGCGCUCGCUCCCCGGGAGGCUUCCCGCCCGCCGGCGACCGCGCCGUCGCCGCCCAUGGGCCCCGUACGGCUCGCCCUCCUCCUCCUCGCCGCCGCCGCCGCCGUCCUGCUCGGCGGCGGCGAGGCGGUGUACAUCCCCUACAACACGUCGGCGGGGGUAGUCAACGGGAAGCUGAACGUGCACGUCGUCCCCCACACCCACGACGACGUCGGCUGGCUCAAGACCGUCGACCAGUACUACGUCGGAUCCAACAACUCCAUCCAGGGCGCGUGCGUUCAGAACGUGCUGGAUUCGCUCGUGCCGGCGCUGCUCAAGGACGAGAACCGCAAGUUCAUCUACGUCGAGCAGGCGUUUUUCCAGAGAUGGUGGAGGCAGCAGAGCGACAUGAUCAAGGAUACGGUCAAGGGGCUCGUCAGUUCCGGACGGUUGGAGUUCAUAAAUGGGGGUAUGUGCAUGCAUGACGAGGCGACUGUGCACUACAUUGACAUGAUCGAUCAGACUACGCUGGGGCACAGGUUCAUCAAGGAGGAGUUUGGUCAGAUUCCGAGGAUUGGUUGGCAGAUCGAUCCGUUUGGGCACUCUGCAGUUCAGGCUUACCUGCUUGGUGCAGAAGUAGGAUUUGAUGCUUUAUAUUUUUUCCGGAUUGAUUACCAAGAUCGUGACACGAGGAAUGGGACAAAAGAACUCGAGGUUGUAUGGAGGGGCUCCAAGACCUUUGGCUCAUCAGCUGAUAUUUUUGCUGGCAUCUUCCCAAAAAAUUAUGAACCACCACCUGGUGAGUUUUAUUUUGAAGUCGAUGAUACUUCCCCUGUUGUCCAGGAUGAUCCCCUUCUUUUUGAUUACAAUGUUGAACAACGGGUGAAUGAUUUUGUUGCUGCAGCGCUGGCACAGGCAAAUGUUACAAGGACAAACCAUAUCAUGUUUACAAUGGGAACAGACUUCAAAUAUCAAUACGCAGAAAGUUGGUUCAGACAGAUGGACAAAUUAAUUCAUUAUGUGAACAAGGAUGGCCGUGUGAAUGCUCUGUACUCCACUCCUUCCAUUUACACUGAUGCAAAAUUUUCUACAAAUGAGCCAUGGCCUCUAAAGACAAAUGAUUUCUUUCCAUAUGCAGAUAACCCCAAUGCAUACUGGACAGGUUACUUCACAAGCAGACCUGCCUUAAAACGAUAUGUCCGCAUGAUGAGUGGAUAUUACUUGGCAGCUAGGCAGCUGGAGUUCUUCAUUGGGAAAAGCAAGUCAGGUUCCACAACAGAUAGCUUAGGAGAUGCCCUAGCUCUUGCUCAGCAUCAUGAUGCUGUUACAGGAACAGAGAAGCAACAUGUUGCAAAUGAUUAUGCGAAGAGAUUAUCGAUUGGCUAUAAGAAAGCGGAGGAACUGGUUUCCACUUCUCUCGGUUGCUUGAGUGAGUCAGGCUCAAAUUCUCGUUGUUCGUCCCCAACGACAAAGUUUGGGCAGUGUCCUCUCCUGAACAUUACUUAUUGCCCCCCUUCCGAGAUGAACUUAUCUCAAGGAAAAAGCUUGGUUGUUCUUGUGUACAACUCUCUUGGAUGGAAACGAGAGGAUGUCCUCCGCAUACCAGUCAUGAGUGACUCAAUUGUUGUCCAUGAUUCUGAGGGAAAAGAAAUUGAAUCGCAACUUCUGCCUAUAGCUAAUGUCUCAUUGAACCUACGGGACAGACAUGUCAAGGUUUACUUGGGCACAUCGCCUGCCGCAAGUCCUAAGUUUUGGGUUGCUUUUCCUGCUUCGGUACCACCACUUGGUUUUAGCACUUACUUUAUCUCGAGUGGAAAGAGAUCAGCAUCUAUCUCUUCGACAUCCACUCUAAACUCUCAGGGAAAUGAAAGUAGGAAUCUGCAAGUUGGGCAAGGGCGUUUGAAACUUCACUAUGAUGCAGCUGGAUCAUUAUCGCAGUACUCCGAUAGUAAGACUCAGGUUGAAGCAAAUUUCGAGCAGAAGUACAAGUAUUACAUAGGACAAGAUGGAAGCGGAGAUGAUCCUCAGGCUUCUGGAGCGUACAUAUUUCGCCCUAAGGACGUUGUUCCUAUCAAAACUGAUGGUCAGGUUCCUCCCACGAUUCUGCGUGGGCCCAUAUUGGAUGAAGUGCAUCAGCAGAUUAAUCCAUGGAUAUAUCAGAUCACUAGAGUUUACAAGGGAAAGGACUAUGUGGAAACUGAGUUCAUAGUUGGACCAAUACCAGUCGACGAUGAAAAUGGAAAAGAACUUUCAACUGAAAUCAUUACUAGCAUGGCAACAAACAAAACAUUUUACACUGAUUCCAGUGGGCGUGAUUUCAUCAAAAGGGUACGGGAUUAUCGCUCGGAGUGGAAGAUUGAAGUAAACCAACCUGUUGCUGGAAACUAUUAUCCUAUUAAUCUUGGCAUUUAUGUGGAAGAUGGCAGCAAAGAGUUAUCUAUACUUGUAGACAGGUCUGUUGGAGGUUCGAGCAUAAAGGAUGGACAAAUAGAGCUAAUGCUACACAGGAGGCUACUCAAUGAUGAUGGUCGUGGUGUUGCGGAAGCACUAGAGGAAAAAGUCUGUUUGGAUGAUCAAUGUGAAGGACUAGUUAUUGAAGGAAAAUACUAUCUCAAAAUUGACCCACAAGGUGAUGGAGCUAGGUGGCGUCGUACAUUUGGUCAGGAACUGUACUCACCUCUUCUUCUUGCAUUCACAGAGCAGGAUGGAGGCAACUGGGCGAAUUCACAUGUUUCAUCAUUCUCUGCAAUGGAUCCAACUUACAGCCUUCCUGAAAAUGUCGCGUUGCUUACUCUUGAGGAACUUGAAGAUGGAAGUGUUCUCCUUCGGUUGGCUCACCUAUACGAGGCUGGAGAGCAUAAGGAUCUCUCGGCCCCGGCGAGUGUCGACCUCAAGAGGGUAUUCCCAGAUAACAAGAUCGGCAAGAUAAUCGAAACAAGCCUAUCAGCGAACCAAGAGCGCGCCGCCAUGGAGAAGAAGAGGCUGAAAUGGAAGGUGGCAGGGCCUCCCCAAAAAGAAAAUGUGGUCAAAUUCAUGAUUGAUGGUGAUUUCAUGCCUGUCCGAGGGAAAACCGUAAGAUACACCAUAAAAGAGAAUUAUCCCGGCAAAUUCGUGCCAGAACUUACCUUUACACAAGUUGAGAAAUUGAGAGCAUUGUUCCGUCCAAUUAUUUCACUGCCAGUGCCAGAGGCACCACCCCUGCAUUAUGUUGACAACAGCCAUCCCGCUCCAUCUGCUGCUUUUCUGCCUCCUUCGGCUUCAUCUUCAUACCCAACACAGUCAGCUGCUUAUGUGCAUCACCCAAGCGCCUAUGUUCUCACCCCAGCUGCUCAUCUGGCCCCAAAUGAACCUUAUGCAUGCCCAGAUUCUCAACCUCCUGCUCGGACCGCUCAAUUCGCUGCACCUGCUUACUACGUGACCACAACUGGGCAUCUGUAUCAGGCAAGUUAUCAAGCAUAUGGCCCAUCGCCUGCCACCUACCACUACGCCCAAGCGCCUCCUUUGCAACUUGUCUAUUUGCAAGCCCAACACCCUGUGCGAAAACAUGUUACAGACCCUGCAUGUUCCUCUGAUCCCAACUAUUAUGCUAAUGGGAAUGAUCCGUAUCGAUAUGACGCUGUGAAGUCUCAUUACCAGGAAACUACUUCUGGGAGAGCUGCUGCACCACAUGAAGUGGCCGCGACAAACCUCCAACUUGUCAUGCACUAUGGGUACGCCCCAGGCAGUGAGGGUGCAACCAGAGAAACUACACAGUCCAGUGCUGAAGGAGCUGCAUCGGCGAUCUACUCCCAUGUGGGUGCCCCAGCAACCACUCAGGCUGCGCCAUUGGUGUACGCCGUCGCAGCUGCACCACAUGAAGUGGCCGGGACGAACCUGCAACUUGUCAUGCACUAUGGGUACGCCUCAGGCAGCGAGGGUGCAACCGGAGAAACUACGCAGUCCAGUGCUGAAGGAGCUGCAUUGGCAAUCUACUCCCAGGCUGGUGCCCCAGUGACCACUCAGGCUGUGCCAUCGGUAUAUGCCGUCGCAGCUGCACCGGCUAACCUGUGAUUGCCCUGUCACCAUUCAGUCUUUCUUGCAACAUGGUCAACCCGAACCAAGUGAGCUGUUGCUCUGCCCUGGCGUGUUUCACCAUUCUACCCACACGAGGGACUGGAAGUUCAGAUCGGCGAAAGAUGACAUCGCUCUCCUUUCUGCUGAUGUGUUUGGUAUGAUGUAUAGAAGGAUACUAACUGGUAGACUGGUGGUACUAACUGGUAGCUGUUGGUGUCGAGAUUUGAGUGGUAUAAGGUGAUGUAACUUGUGAGAGCAACUCUAGCACAGUUCCUGUAUGGAUUACUUGUAUGACACCAUAUCUCAAUAAACCGCCGAAAGGGAGGAAACCUCA